GCCACAUGGGAUCUCCGUCGAACCGUUGCUGUCUCUCGCUGUCGAUGCCCAGCCCGAAGCACCUUCGUGAUGGAAUGCUAUGUUCUGCGAUGCGGGUCGUCUUCCGUGGCGGCUUCGCAUUCUUGUUGCACAUCGCCUGCGACGCACCUGAUUCGCACCGUCGAUAACCAUGAUAUAACCCGGUCCAAGGGUCGUCCAAGGGUCUCUUCGUUCCGAUAGUCCGUCUUUCUUUUCCAGCAGGGCUGUGAUACGUCUUUUUUCUGUCGGUUCUCGGUUCACGAUCCAGGGUUUGAAGAUGUUUGCGCUAUGGUGUUCGCUCCUUCUCUGUCUCUCUGCCGGUGUGCAUGCGAGGCCCGCAGCCUGGCCAACACCACUGGACAGAUUGCCCCUCUUCUCUCGAGAUGGCACGACGGCCCUCAGCGCUGCGGAACUCAGCUCCUUUGCGCCUUUCACCCAGUUUGCUAGGGCUGCGUAUUGUCCCACUGACAAGAUUAUGAGCUGGCAAUGUGGAGAGGCUUGCGAUGCUAAUCCGGGGUUCAAUGCCACUCUCACAGGCGGUGACGGCAAUGGAGUGCAAUUCUUCUUCGUGGGGUUCUGGCCGGAAGGCAAAUCUGUAGUGGUGGCACAUCAAGGAACGGAUCCUACCAAAUUCUUGUCACUCCUUACAGAUAUCGAGUUCGCACCUGUCCAGUUGGAUCCAACAGUAUUCCCGGGCAUACCUAAUGAUACUGACGUCCGUGUCCAUGACGGAUUCCGCAAUGCCCACUACGACACAGCCAACCAGAUCCUCACGGAGACGAAACGUCUCCUGGAUGUGAACCAAGCCAAGUCGGUCAUUCUCAUCGGCCAUUCUCUCGGAGGAGCGAUUGCGGAACUCGAUUCGCUCAUGAUGCGACAGAACCUACCGUCCGAUGUUGCGGUUAAAGGUGUCACCUACGGCACACCCCGAGUUGGUAACCCGGAGUUCGCCGCCUAUUUCGACAGCAUGGUCACGGACUUCACUCGAGUUAAUAACGAUAAGGACCCUAUUCCGAUUGUUCCCGGUCGUUUCCUCGGCUUUUCGCAUCCAUCUGGGGAGGUUCAUCUUACCAGUCCGGGUAACGCCGUGUCUUGCCCCGGAGCGGACGACGGUUCAGAUACGGAGUGCUCAGACUCUGUCGUGCCGAACAUCUUUGAGAGUAAUAUCCUGGACCACUUGGGACCGUACGAAGGCAUACAUAUAGGGUCUAUAUUCUGUAAUUAGCUUAUUUCUACCUCGGAAGGGCACCGGAACCCGUAAUGUCGAUCAAAC